UGUGUUUUAAGAAUUCAGUAUUUGGGAGUUGUUUGAUGCUAGUUGUGUUUGCGUGUUGGUUUAAUCCGAAGAGCAGCGAUGCAUUUGGGACAUUCGGAUUCGAUAUCCACCACAGAUAUUCCGACACUGUCAAGCAAUUCUUGAAUGAUGAUGGGUUGCCGGAGAAGGGUACCGUCGAAUAUUACUCCGCCGUGGCCCACCGCGAUCGGCACCUCAAGGGCCGCCACCUCGCCACCUCUACCCCCAUCCUCACUUUCUAUGGUGCAAAUGAAACUCAGCGUCUCAAUAUUCUUGGAUACUUGCAUUAUUCACUUGUUACUGUGGGUACCCCUGCUUUGACAUUUAUCAUGGCACUCGACACCGGCACUGACCUAUUCUGGUUACCAUGUGACUGCACUACGUGUGCACGUAGCUUCAACACCACUAGAGGAGAGAAAAUCAAACUAGAGAUAUACAGUCCUAGUAAUUCAACAACCAGCACGCCACUUCCGUGUAACAGCACUUUGUGUGGACCCACAAGAGGAUGCUCUGCCAGGUUUAAUGCUUGUUCUUACCAACAACUACGAGGCAACGCCUCGAGUAGCGGGAUAUUGGUAGAUGAUGUUUUGCAUUUGGGUACAAAUACCAAUCCACAAGAUCCUUACGAUGUCACUAUCACAUUAGGAUGUGGGCAAAAUCAAACCGGUUCGUACUUGGACCGUGGUGGUAUUAAUGGUGUAUUCGGGCUUGGUAUGGACAGUAUAUCCGUCCCUGGCGUUUUAGCUAAAAAAGGUGCUAUAGCAAAUUCAUUUUCCAUGUGUUUUCGCUUUGAUGGACAAGGAAGAAUUGAAUUUGGAGAUAAAGGAAGUCCACUACAAAAAACAACUCCCUUUAAUCUUCAACAAUCUCACACAAAUUACAAUAUAUCUGUAACACAAGUUGUUGUGGGUAAUAACGUCUCCAAUCUUGGGUUCACCGCAAUUUUCGACACUGGUACCACAUUUACGCAGUUGAACGACCCAACUUACUCGUUUAUUAUACAAAGCUUCAAUUCUCAAGUAACUCAUCCACGUUACCAACAUCAACCCAAGGUUUAUUUCGACUACUGCUAUUUACUCAGUGCAAAUCAAGAUAGCUAUAUAACCCCUAACUUGACCUUCACAAUGAAAGGCGGAAGCCAAUUUAACGUUACUGCACCAACGGUUAGGCUUAUACGACCGGGUAUAAAUGCAUAUUGUUUGGCUAUUCAGAAAAGCGAGGAUAUUAACGUCAUUGGAC